CCAGCUUGACUGCUGCUGCUCAGUGGUCUGGAUCAGUUAGUGUUGACAGGAAGGCAGCAUGAGUCACUUCUCUGCUCGGAUCAUGCAAGUAUGGGAAUAUUUGGAGGAAAAGACAGUUUGACAGCUCUCUCAACAAAAAGCUCGACAUCCGUACAUCUGGUCUGCUUCAGAAUCAUUGGGCACGUUGCUGGUGACCCAAGGAAGUGCAGUGACAAGUUUAAAGCAGAGACAUGUGGAGGACCCUGACACUGUCACUGUUACUUGCACUGGCAUUGGGCACAGAGGUGUCCCAGUGUCAGGAUGUGGAGUCCCUAGUGGACGUGGAGAUGGCAGUGGAAGAACAGCAAGAGAACUUCAGCGACAUAUCUACUGUUCUAGGAAAUUCAAGACGCCAGAUCCUGGCUUCUCAGUUUGAGUGCUACCUGAAGAUAAUCCGUGACCCACCACGAAACGAAGAAGGCACUUACUGUAAUCGUACAUGGGACGGAUGGCUGUGCUGGGGAGAUUCAGCCCCAGGAACCGUCAUGCAGAUGUGUCCUGAAUACUAUCACGACUUUGACCCUGAGGAGAAGGUUACCAAAGUGUGUAAUCCUGAUGGUCAAUGGUUCCGUCACCCAGAGAGCAACAGAGUCUGGUCUAACUACACCCAGUGUCAGGCUUACACUGCAGACAAACGCAAGUUUGCCCUCAGUCUCUACUACCUGGCUAUGGUGGGUCAUGGUCUUUCCAUUGCCUCCUUAAUCAUCAGUCUGAUCAUCUUCUCCUAUUUCAAGAGUCUCAGCUGCCAAAGAAUCUCCCUCCACAAGAACAUGUUUCUCUCCUUCAUCUUAAACUCCAUAGUGACUAUGAUGUGGCUCUGGCUCAAUGUGGCCAAUAACCAGGCCAUAAGUGCCAGCAACCCUGUGAGCUGUAAGAUCCUGUCUGUGCUGACUCAGUAUACGACUACUUCCAACUACUUCUGGAUGCUGUGUCAAGGCAUCUACCUCCACACACUCAUCAUAGUGGCCGUCUUUGUUGGGGAACAGCAGCUCUUCUGGUACUACAUCCUGGGAUGGGGUUUUCCCAUUGUUCCUGCCAUCACGUAUGCUGUGGCUCGUGGGCUCUUCUUUAAUGACAAGUGUUGGUUCAGCGCACACACUGACCUGCUCUACAUCAUUCAUGGCCCAAUUCAAGCUGUACUGCUAGUGAACUUUUUCUUCCUCCUGAAUAUCGUCCGGGUUCUGAUCACCAAGCUGAAGGAGACGCACUGCGCUGAGUCCACAGCCUACAUGAAGGCAGUGAGAGCCACCCUCAUCCUCAUCCCUCUGCUCGGAGUCCAGUAUAUCCUUAUCCCCCUGAGGCCUGAAGGACACAUCAGCCGGGCCAUCUAUGUUUUCAUUAUAAACAUCUUCUCCCACUACCAGGGACUCCUGGUGGCAAUUAUAUUCUGUUUCUGCAAUGGUGAGGCCCAAACAGCACUGCAGAGGAAGUGGGCUCAGUGGAAGUCUGCUUGGGGAGAAACACCGAUCACCAACAACCACUUCAACUACCACACCAACUCUUCCAUCACUGAAACCAGCCGUGCCACCAUCAGCUUAGAGCAGCCUCCUGCUGUGCUUCUUGAACGGAGAGAAAACAGCAACUGCCUGCCCAUGGUGCAGCAGAAAGCCAACGGGCAGGAAAAGAAAGGAAGCACAUGCACCAACGGGGAAGUGGACAUGCUCAACAUGCAGCAGGCCACCGACAUCUGACUGGAUGCAGCGCAGAGGUGACAGUUGCAGUGCCACACACACACACACACACACACACACACACGCACACACACACACACAUAGAUACUGAUGACUAACAAACAUAGAGAUUGUAAGUGCAUUUAAAGAGUGAAGGUCAACUGACUGGGUUUUGUAUGUAUGUAUAUAAUGUCUGAAGAGCACUUAGAAAGCAUGUGGUGUUUCACAUACAAUCACACGCGUUUUUACAGAAAAAGCUCCAAUUUUUGGACUUGUAAGGACUAAGGGGAAAAUGUAUUCAUCCUCAUGGUGCCAUCUCGUAACCCUCAUGUAAUAAUGUGUUCUGUUCCUUCUUUUUAGUCAACUCAUGUAACUCAGUUAUUGUUUGUUUUUUGUAGUCUUUUUUUUUUAUUAUUAUUAUGAGUGUCCUGUCUGAAUUGAGAAAGGUGCAACUCCCAAACCUGACAUUAAGAUACCAUCAAUGUGUUGCCUUAUGGAGCCUGUACAUGCUUUACUCAAGCUAACUGGUGACCAAUGAAUGUCAGAUUUCAUCGCACAUGCUCUUUUAUAUGAUUUAUUUAAGAAAGAUAAGAUCAUCAUCACUGGUAUGCAGAACCCAGCAUCCUCAGCUAAGUUUCAUCUAGCCUUCACUGACAGAAUCAUUCAGAUAUGGAUUCUGAUUUUCUCAUGAAAUGUAUCAGAAAUAGCAUUGUGUAUGGUGGCCAGAAGCGCUUAAACAUACAUUAUCUUAUAGAGCAUAUGGAUUGAUAUCUAUAUAGCAUGCAUCAACUUUGCACUUCCUGAGCUUUUCCAUAAACUCCAGUUUCCACUGAUAUCCCUUAUUCCAAGUCUGAAGCACUUGUCUGUCUGUUAUUCACUGCUAAAUUGUGGAAGAAGUGCACUGUCUGUGGCCUAAUUUCAGGAGGAAAACCACUGCAGCUCUGAGUGGUGGUAUGACUAUGACUCAAUCUGUACCUCCUAAUUCCUGCAGCAACUGUAAAACAGCCCAAUCAGAUUUUUUAUUUCCUUUGGCAAUGCUUUUUUUUAGGUGAAGACAAACAGAAACAUGUCUGACACUAAGAAAGUUCUGGUGUUCACAGCUCAAUUUAUAACCAUGUUCAUGCAGUUAGAUCAAUUAGAAAUGGCGGUUGUUUAAAUUUUGUUUUAGUGAUCACGAGUUUUCCACCUUGUGUGACACUGAGCGGUCCAUGCGCAAAUAUUCCCCACUGCUUUGCCAUGAACAGAGGGGGAAAAGUCUUUUGUAUAACAGUCCCUCCAGGAAUUCGCGAUGUUGCGAUCGCGCAAAUUCACGCGAAUUCAACCAAUCUCCGCGAAUUCUGCGCAACCUUGCAAUUAUGUCCAAUCACCGCAACUUUUACGCAAUUUUGGCCCGCCUCCCAUGAUUUCCACCAAUCAUAGCAGUCCCCAGCACAAACGUAAUGCACGUACGUCACCGAAUUCACUUCCUCGUUUUGGUUUGAAGAUGCAGACGGGUCCCAUUCUAAUGUCUUUCAUUUACCAACAAAAAUUACUGCUGAAGACUGUGCAAAACAAUUAAUUCCCUGAUGUUCUUCACCAAAGCGGAAGUUAACUGUUUUACACAUGUGCAAUAUUGUGGUGGAAUACAAAAAAAAAAAAAAAAAAAAAAAUCAUCGAUUGAUAAACACUUCUCUACCACGGAAUAUAUUAGGAGAAUGGCUGAAACGAGCGGACCACAGACCAGACAGAUCACCGUGAUGGAAACUGUUGCAUCCAGAUUUGUUGGAUCACUGAAAGAAUGAAGGUAAGUUAGAGAAAUUACUCCAACAAGGAACGCGGUGGAGUUAUGUGACGAUCGGUGUAUGUGAAUCCUUCCUCUGUUAGCAAUAUUACUCAAAAACGGACUAAGGGAUUUGGAUGAAAUUUUCAGGGAAGGUCAGAAAUGACACAAGGACCAAGUGAUUCGAUUUUGGCAGUGAUGCAGCUUAAAGUCUGGAUCCACGGAUUUGUCAAGUAUUUCCCAUUGAGAUAGCAGCACGGCAUCUGAUAGCGGCAUGGUAACCAUGGCAACAAGUGAAUGCUGCCUCAGCAGCCUGCUGACGAUCACAUCAUUGCGAUGCUACUACAAAUCCACCACUGUAGACGUAUCGUAAAUGAUACAAGGAACAAGUGGUUAAAUUGUGGGGGUGUGUCUGAGUCCCAUCAAUUCUUGCCACCCGCAACAUGUUUAGGUCACGUGAUUCGGUAUGUACACAUGCAUAGCACACGCCUGUGUUCAUCGCAAGGUCAGGUAAUGAACAGUCUUGGUGAAGUACUGCGCUCUGAGUGCUUUUCUUGUUAAUUGAUGUGACAAGCCGUGAGCGCCUAUGUGUGAACAUGUGUGUGCCAGGAAGUGAAAUCAACUUUUGAAGCCACUGACAGAUAUAUCCAAAUGUGAUUCAUUCUAUAGUAAAUGAUCAUUUUGUGCCUUAACUCUACCAACCACUUCAUGUUAAACCAGCAUCUGGCUGCUGCUAAUUUCCCACCAUGGUAUACCAGCUUGUGUAAAUGGGUUAGAGCGUUAAGUAAUUAAUUUCGGAAUAAAUAUUGUCAGUUACAAUGCUGAAACAUGUUCUAAAAGCUGAAAAAAAUGCAACUUUUUAGCAACUGUCAGUGUCUCCCGCAAUUUCAUCGCAACAAAUAAGCUUAAAACAUCGCAACUUACAUCGCAGUUUUUUAGAAACGCUGCCGCGAAAUCAGGCAUUUUAGGUCGCAACAAUCUCGAAAAACGCCGCGAAAUCCUGGAGGGACUGGUUUAACGACGUGAAUGUUAUUGUAGUACAACAGGAGAUCUUAAUCUUAAGUGAAGCUUCAAUACACUGAAAACUGAAAUGAAUGAAUAUUAGAAUGAGACAAGGGUACAGAAUUCCAUUUUACAAUGUGUCAAAUGAAAAUGUUGCAGACAGAACAAGAUUGUGUCAAAUUACUGUCAGAAUUAUUAGAGAUGAUUGUCUUCUCUAUGUCUUAAUACCCCCCCUCCAGUCAACUUGGGAAGGAGACGGUUUCAAAGGUUUGUUGUGUCUUUGUUGGUGGUGUUCAUAUUGCUUUCUGUGUUGUUGUGGAUAUUUUAUGUUUUAUGACUUGCAUUAUUGUUACAAUACGUUUUUUUCAAAUGCACGAAUAUAUUUUACUGCUACUUCACUUCAGUUUUUUCCACUGCACAUGUACCGUUCUGUACGAACACAAACAGUUUCAGAGUCUUAUUUCUGAGAGUGAGCUGUGAGCAGAUGUGUUCUGGUGUUUUAUUCCAGGAUGCAUCCAUUCACAGCAUGCUUGAAAGUCAAAUAUUUAAGUGUGGAUAUUGUGGGGUACACUGAUGCAUGGUGAAGAAAACACAACCGUGGUAAGAAAACAACUGAGUAUGAGAAGACUGUGUGAAAGAGCAGUAUUUCUGCACAGGGAGCCCGUCCUGUACACUUCGGCUGAUGCUGCCCAGUAGAGAAACAGCUGUCGUGGACAUAGUUGGAAAGAAAUUUGAGAAACAUUCCAAUAAAUAUUUAAAGAAAAGCACAAUUGAAGCAUAUUACUGUGUUUAUAUUUUUCACACUGCCAUAUACGCAUGGAAAUAAAGUUGUCUGAUCAUCA